AUGAGGCGGGCACACCGACCAUCCGACCAGUACAGUUUAGUAGAUGAAGAUUCAAACCGCCCCCGAGAACUCACCGUCCUCCAAAGUUUCCUGAUUCUCACAUCAAGUCUAGCUGCGGAGGUAUGUUGUGGUGCUAUCUUCAUCUUCAACUUCUACAUACCAUACUUUGUGAGUUAUGUAAAGAUACGGGGCUCUAAACCGGACAUUACCCUGGAAGAUGGUAAACUGUUUCUGCUGCUAAUUGCAGCUAGUAAUGGGAUGAGUGGCUACCCACUGGGUAUCAUGAUAUCAGGACUGCCUGUUAACAUUAGUUUAACAUUAGGAGCCGGGGUGUUUGGGCUAGGUUACAUGAUGAUCUUUCUAGGAGUUGCAUUCCAUUACAGCUUUGUAAUCGCUGGAGCCAUCUGUUUAGGAUUUUCUGCUCAGACGAUAAACAUCAGUGUUCUUCUGAGGUGCCUCCGAAACUUUAAAGCACACUGGGGUAUAGUCAGUGGUUCUCUCCUGGGCGUGGCAUUCGGAUCAACCGCCAUAUUCCAUAUCUGGGAACGAGCUGUGGUUAACCCCCUGAACAUCAAACCAGAAAUGCUGAACUCCACAGCAUUUGAAUGGUACUAUGAUAACCAAGACGUACUGGACAGGUGUAGUGACUUUUAUUGGAUCAUGGGUGGGUGUAUGGCGGUGUUACUGAUGUACACUCUGGUAGUUUACAGAAUAUACCCCUCACCUCCACCUUUAGAAGAGGAGAUCAUGCCUUUCUUCACCGCGUGCAAAGAAACCGUCUCUAAGAUCCUGUCUGAUGUAAGGUUCAUACUGACUCUCAUAGCCUUUGAGUUCGCUGGAGUGUCGGGUCUAUGCGCCAGAUCAAGUCUCAAGACGUACGGAGAGACUUUCAUCCCUGAUGAGCACUACCUGUCAGCAGUGGGCAGCAGCGGGUCCUUCGCAGGAGCUGUUGGGUCGCUCACCAUGGGGAUCUUACUGGACAUCACCCGGUCCUCCAACUCCACUGGAACCAGCCCUAAACUGCUUCUCCUGAACUGUUUGCUAGCGUUUACUGCUUCAGUCAUGAUGAUAUUUGCAGCACAAGAGGGUAAGAUCUGGUUCUUGUCCUGUUAUGAUAUGAUCCUGUUCGGGUUUGGAGGCUUCAGUGCAGUCAGCGCUAUGGUUCUCUACGAAAUAUUCGGUAUCUCAAAGUUCCCUGUCGCUUACGGAAUCUCAAGUCUGACUACCUUCUUGUCCUUUCUGUGGUACUGCUUCUCCAUGUUUAGUGGAUUACCGGGUAAAGAUUUCUGGCUGGCUAAUGCUCUGUUUGCUUUUAUGGCGGUUGUGAGUUCCAUAGGUCUGAUCCUACAGUAUCAGACCCACCCAGUGGCCAACCCAGGGGACAAUAGUAGUUUUCUUACUGAUGAUGAAGAGGACAAUGAGUUUAUCUUUCACGGUGGGAAAAAGUACAUUCUUCAAAAGAGUAGAAAUAUGUGA